AUGAAGACAUCUCAGCUUUUGACCUUGGCAGUUGCCACUUUUGGUCUGACGACCGGAGCCGUGGCGCAGCGCAAUCGUGGUGGAAACAAUGGCGGCAAUGCUGGAGCUGGAGCCGCAGCCUCCACUACCGCGGCCGCCGCCGCUUCUUCCAGCUCUGCAGCAGCUUCUGGAGGCAACACUGGCAGCAAUACCGGAAGCAACAACGCUGCUAGUGGCAGUGGCAGUGACAACCCGCUUCUCUUGCUGGAGUCCAACGUCCAAGCCGCUAGCGACUUCAUCGGUAACGCUGCUGCUGGUCAAGCCAACUCUGAUACUGACCCAGCCAACUUCAUCAACUUUUGCACGGGCAAGACCACGACCAAUGGCACUCAGAACACUUCCGGAUCUUGCAACGGUGUGGUCAUGGGUGAUAUUCCUUCCAACAACAACAUGGUCUCUGCUAUUGUUCUCUUCCCCGGCCCCGGAGACGACUUGACUCCCAACCAGACCUUCAACAUCUCAGUCCAGCUCACGAACCUCGUCGCCGGUUCCUUCACCGAUCCCCUGACCACAUACUACGCUGCUCCUCAACAGCUGGAAGGCGGCAACAUCGUUGGCCACUGCCACGUCACUGUUCAGGAUCUCGGCAACACCCUCGCCCCCACCACUCCUCCGGACCCGAAGACUUUUGCUUUCUUCAAGGGUAUUGAUGACGCUGGCAAUGGAGAAGGCCUUCUCCAGGCCACCGUCACCAAUGGUCUUGCUCCCGGGUUCUACCGCGUUUGCACUCUAAACAGCGCAUCUAACCACCAGCCUGUUCUCAUGCCGGUCGCUCAACGAGGUGGUCAAGACGAUUGCCAGAAGUUCACUGUCGGCCAAGGUAGCGGCAACGCCGGUGGCGCUGCUGCUGCUGGUGGCAGCGGUAGCGACAACAACGCAGACGCCUCUUCAACAACCGCUGCCGCUGCCGCCACCAGCACCACUGCCGCGGCAGGCGGUUCUGACAAUGGAAACGCUGGCGGAAACGAUUCUGGAAACGGUGCAGCUGCCGCCACCACCACGUCGGCUGCCACCGCUGCUGAGAGCGGUACUACUGGCUCGAACUCCACGACUGGAGGAAACACCGGAUCCGGCCGCGGAGGAAGAUUCGGUGGUGGCCGAGGCCGGUACGGCCGUGGUCGCGGACGAUUUGCGGCUCGCGACCUCGUCGCAUGA